AAGUGACUGAAAUCGAGUUAUAUUUUGUAGUUUAUUUUUUUGUUGAAUUUGACUCAUUAUUUUUGUCCAAUCUUAUGUCAUUUAAACCUCCCUUAUAUUCACUAAAAUUUUUGUUAACUAGGCUCAAUUUUUUCCUAUAGGUGUUAUUGGCGUGGCGGACAGAAGCAAAACAAACCUUUCUAACCACGACAUAUUUCGAGAAUUGUUAACUCAAAGUCUUUCAAUCCAAAGUUUCAAACCGAUUGCAUAGCACAUAACCCAAAAUUUCAAACAUAUCGGCCUCAGACAUGACCUGAACCGAAUCAACCUUAAUCGUACCCAUUUCAAGUUUUCAACCACCCAAUCAUUCACUCUAAUAUUAGGAACACUAAAGCCCAAUAAAAUUAUAAACUCACUAUCAAGUGUGUAACUGGUGGCGGGAAACAGAAACACGAGAAAAAAUGGUGGUGAUGGAAGAUACAACAGCAGCAAAGCUUGACAACAAUGGCGAAGAAGUUGCAAAUGAGAAGGUUGAAGAAGAUGACGAACACGAUUGCAAAGAAAGGGUUUUGCAAAAGUACUUCCUUCAAGAAUGGAAUGUCGUCAAAUCCAUUCUCGACGACAUCGUUUCCGCUGGUCGUGUCACCGAUCUUUCUUCUGCUUACAAGAUCCGCUCCAUUAUGGACAAGUAUCAGGAGGAAGGACAACUAUUGGAGCCUUACCUUGAAAGCAUAGUUUCUCCUUUGAUGUUCAUCAUCCGUUCUAAGAUAAUUGAACUAGGAACAGAGUCUGACGAGAUUCUUGAAGUGGUCAAGCCUGUUUGCAUAAUAAUCUACACAUUAGUUACUGUUUGUGGAUACAAGGCUGUUACCAAGUUUUUCCCGCAUCAGGUUUCUGACUUAGAACUUGCUGUAUCUCUCCUAGAGAAGUGCCACUCUUCAAAUACGACAACAUCCCUGCGCCAUGAAAGCACUGGAGAGAUGGAAGCAAAAUGUGUUAUACUAUUGUGGCUAUCUAUUCUUGUUCUGGUUCCGUUUGACAUAUCUUCAGUUGACACAAGUAUUGCACAAACUGGCCAUUUAAAAGGAGAUGAGCCAUCACCCCUGGUACUUAGGAUAUUGGAGUUCUGCAAGGAUUAUCUUUCAAAUGCAGGCCCCAUGCGUACCAUUUCUGGCUUGCUACUCUCAAGACUUUUGACACGCCCUGAUAUGCUGAAGGCUUUUAUCAGCUUCACUGAAUGGACCCAUGAAGUAUUGUCUCUGUCAUCUGAUAAUGUCAUGGAGCAUUUCCGUUUGCUUGGUGCUGUGGAAGCUUUGGCUGCCAUUUUAAAGGCUGGUAGCAGAAAAGUCCUACUUGAUGUGGUUCCCAUUGUCUGGAAUGAUGUAUCUGCCUUGAUGAAGUCCAGUGUGGCAGGGAGAAGCCCUUUGCUUCGCAAGUAUCUUGUAAAGCUAACUCAGCGUAUAGGUCUUGUUUGCCUUCCUCAUCGUUCUCUAUCUUGGCAUUAUAAGGGUAAAGUCGCAUCACUGGGACAGGAUCUAUUAACCAAUGAUGUGAAAGGAACAGAUCACUGCUGUGAUGGUGCUGAUAUGAAAUCAUCCAGUAUAGAUCAAAGCAUGAACAGUGAAGAAGAUGAAGGCAUGGAUGUUCCAGAACUUGUAGAAGAGAUUAUUGAAGUGCUACUGACUGGCUUGAAAGAUACGGACACUGUUGUCCGUUGGUCUGCAGCGAAAGGUAUUGGCCGUGUGACCUCACGUCUCACAUUUUCCCUCUCUGAUGAAGUCCUUUCAUCUGUGCUGGAGUUAUUUUCACCUCGUGAGGGAGAUGGUUCAUGGCAUGGAGGCUGCCUGGCUUUAGCUGAACUUGCUCGUCGGGGGUUGCUGUUGCCAAUUAGUCUUCCAAAAGUUGUCAAUGUUGUUGUUAAGGCACUGCAUUAUGAUGUUCGAAGGGGCCCACAUAGUGUUGGGGCUCAUGUUCGCGAUGCUGCUGCUUAUGUUUGUUGGGCAUUUGGUCGUGCAUACUACCAUGCUGACAUGAGAAGCAUACUGGAACAACUUGCUCCUCAUCUGUUGACAGUUGCUUGUUAUGACCGUGAGGUGAACUGUAGAAGAGCAGCUGCAGCAGCCUUUCAGGAAAAUGUUGGAAGACAAGGAAAUUACCCGCAUGGUAUUGACAUUGUGAAUACUGCUGAUUACUUUGCUCUUUCAUCACGUGCAAACUCAUAUCUAAAUGUGGCCGUUGGCAUUGCUAAGUAUGACGGGUAUCUUUACCCUUUUGUGGAUGAACUGAUAAAUAGCAAAACGUGUCACUGGGAUAAAGGCUUAAGGGAACUAGCUGCUAAAGCCCUUUCUGCCCUUGUAAGUUAUGAUCCAGAGCAUUUUGCAAACUCUGUCCUAGGGAAAAUAAUACCGAGCACACUAUCAACUGAUUUGUGCAUGCGCCAUGGUGCAACAUUAGCAGCUGGAGAAGUUGUUUUGGCUCUACAUAAGCUCAAUCAUACCCAUUCUGCUGAUAAGCAGAAACAACUUGCUGGCCUUGUCCCUGCUAUUGAAAAAGCACGUCUUUAUCGUGGAAAGGGUGGAGAAAUAAUGCGUGCAGCUGUUUCUCGGUUCAUUGAGUGCUCCUCUUUGGCCCAUAUACAAUUACCAGACAAAAUAAAACAAAGUUUGCUUGAAACACUCAAUGAGAAUCUAAGGCAUCCAAAUUCUCAGAUACAGAUAGCUGCUGUUGAUGCCUUGAAACACUUUGUUCCGGCUUACCUUCAACCGGAUAAUGGUAAAGGCUCUUCUGAUAUUACAUCAAAGUAUAUCGAGCAGCUGAGUGAUUCUAAUGUCGCGGUAAGACGAGGCGCUGCAUUGGCACUUGGUAUUUUACCCUGCGAAUUCCUUGCUAAAAGAUGGAAGGAUGUACUCACAAAGCUCUCAAAGUCGUGUGAAAUUGAGGAAAAUCCUGAUGAUCGGGAUGCUGAAGCACGGGUAAAUGCUGUCAAAGGUCUUGCUGCUGUAUGUGAAAGUUUGGCUGACUCAAGAGCCACAUCAUCUCUGCAUAUUAGGGAAGAUGAUAUGGCUCUUUCUCUUCUCAUUAAGAAUGAAGUUAUGAGGAGUUUGUUUAAAGCCCUUGAUGAUUAUUCAGUGGACAACAGAGGUGAUGUUGGUUCUUGGGUUCGUGAGGCUGCUAUGGUUGCCCUUGAGAGAUGCACGUAUAUACUUUGUAGAAGUGAUGCUGUAGGCGAUCAAAGAGAAAUAGAAGCAUCUUCACAAGUCUCAGAACUUGAUGCAAUCAGAAAAAACCAGGUGAACUCAUUGUUCAAUGAAGAACUAGCUAUCAAUCUAGUCGGAGGAAUUCUCAAGCAAGCUGCAGAAAAAAUGGACAAGUUGAGAGAAAUUGCUGCCAAGGUUCUUCAAAGAAUUCUUUACAACAAAACAAUAUUCAUCCCCUUCAUACCUUACAGGGAGAAGUUGGAAGAAAUUGUACCUAAUGAUGCAGAUUUGAAGUGGGGUGUAGCUACUUUCUCAUAUCCUCGUUUUAUACAAUUACUUGAGAUUAGAUGUUACAGUAGAUUUUUACUAUCUGGACUGGUUGUAGCGAUUGGUGGGUUACAAGAGUUUCUUGGAAAAGCAUCACUUGCAGCUUUAUUAGAUUAUCUGCUAGUUACCAAAGCUCAAAAUGCUGAUGAAAGAGUCUCCCGUGAACUUAAUCUUUCCACAGACAUACUUUGGGUCCUGCAGGAAUAUAAAAGAUGUGAUAGAGUCAUCACACCAACUAUGAAGACUAUAGAGAUUCUUUUCAGUAAAAAGUUCUUCCUGAGCAUGGAGGCCCAUACAGCAACUUUCUGUGCAGGAUUGUUGGAUUCAAUUAAAGUAGAGCUGAGGGCAUGCAAAGACUUUAUGAAAUUGUAUUCAGGAAUCGCCCUACUUGGUUAUAUUGCAUCUAUUUCUGAACCUAUUAACAUGCAAGCCUUUGCCCAUCUACUCUCUUUCCUCGGGCAUCGAUAUCCAAAGAUACGGAAGGCUUCAGCUGAACAAGUGUAUCUUGUCCUACUACAAAAUGGAAAUUUGCUGCCUGAGAACCAGAUAGAGAAAGCUCUUGAACUUAUUUCUGAAACCGCUUGGGAAGGUGACUUAGAUGAGGCCAAGCAACAAAGAUUGCAAUUAUACGAGCUAGCUGGUCUGGAUCCUGGGCUGCUUCUCAAAGCCAGCUCUGGUGUGUUGAAGAGGGAUGUAGAGCAAAAACAAUCAAUUUAUGAUGAACAUGCUUCGUACUCUGCUUUAGUUGAAUCAACGGGUUUUUAGAAUGUAAUGCUCUAUUUGUUCUUCAGGUCUUCAGGAUGAGAUACAAACCCCAUGUUGCUUUUGAGGAAUUAGACGGGGUUUGAAUUUUGGAAUUUCUAUUUGUACCAGUAGGCUCGAACACGCUACACGCCUAGAUGCAGCAAAAACAACAUCCCCUUUCCAAUCUCUGGCUACCACCCUACCCAGCCAUCAUCAUCACAAAGGGAGGCAUUGCAGUUAAACUCGUAUAUCAAUUAUAUUAAUAAGUUUUAUGAUUUUUUGUUGUUAAAGGUUUUUUU